AUCGACAGACAAGCCAUGUCUGCACCCUUCAGCCAAGUCCCCUCGACGGCGAGGAUUACCCCACACCCCUUCACGGUGUCCGUUCCUCAGGAACAGCUUAGCGAGCUCCACACGUUGGUGAAGCUGUCCAAGAUAGGCCCUCGGACAUACGAGAAUUCGCAGCCAGACGCCCGCUUCGGUAUCACUUCCGAAUGGCUGACUGGGAUCCGAGAAAAGUGGCUGAAUGACUUCGACUGGAAAGCGUGCGAAGCCCGCAUCAACGACUUCCCCCAAUUCACCGCCGAGAUCGAAGACGUCCAGCUGCAUUUCGCGGCCCUCUUCUCGGAGAACCCUAAUGCUGUGCCCAUCGUGCUGCUCCAUGGAUGGCCUGGCAGCUUCCUGGAAUUCCUCCCCCUGCUGCAGCUGUUCCGCCGUGACUUCUCCCCUACCACCCUGCCGUAUCAUCUCGUCGUCCCCUCCCUGCCGGGCUAUGGCUUCUCCUCGGGCCCCCCAGUGGACAGGAACUAUACCACGCACGAUGUCGCCCGAGUCAUCGACAAGUUGAUGAAGGGGCUGGGGUUCGAGAGCGGGUAUAUCGCCCAAGGAGGCGACAUCGGCAGCCGGGUAUCUAGGAUCCUGGCCGUAGACCAUGACAGCUGCAAAGCACACCUAACAACCAGUAAUACAUGGAGACCAACUCGCGAAGUAAACUUCUGUGCGAUAGCCACACCCCCACAGGGCGUAUCGGACGUGGACCUCACUCCCUCCGAGAAAAAGGGACUGGGUCUCCGAGACGAAUUCCUAACCUCGGGCAUCGCCUAUGCCCUCGAGCACGCCACGAGACCCAGUACCAUCGGCCAUAUCCUCUCUUCGAGCCCUCUCGCUUUGCUCGCGUGGGUCGGAGAGAAAUUCCUCACCUGGGCCGACGAGCCUCUUCCCUCGCAGACGAUCCUGGAGUUCGCCUCGCUGUACUGGCUGACGGACACCUUUCCGCGGGCGAUCUACCCUUAUCGAGAGGAACUCCCCGUGUCGCCCGAGCGGAAGCCUCUGCGGUAUAUUGAGAAACCGCUGGGGUUUUCCUAUUUCCCGGUUGAGCUGUUCCCCGUGCCCAGGAGCUGGAUCGAGACCACGGGGAAUCUGGUCUUUUGGAGGGAACACCAGCGGGGAGGCCAUUUUGCUGCUCUGGAGAAGCCGCAGGAGUUGAAGGCUGAUUUGACGGCGUUUGUGGGGCAGGUUUGGGGGAGGGAAUAG